AAUAUUUCUUAAAUUGCCUUACAAAAGAACAAUAGGAUAAUGUCACUAUGCAGUCACUAGUGUAGUGGGGGGGAGAGUUAAUUUACUUGGUGCUGGUAGAGAGUUUAUGAUAUUUUAUUAUAUAGAGAACUCAUUCUUGUAUGUUGCCCAGAAGUUGAUGAUACAGUAUAAAAAUACUGUUAAUACAUAAUAAAACUAUGCAUUUGAAUUUUUAAUAGCAUGUGUUUAGCUGUCUUUCCACAUUAAAAAAAAAUAACUUGAGAUAACAAAUACAGGGGAAAAUUAACAUGUUAUCUAUCAUUCUCACAUAUUCAAAAACUGAAAUGGACAAAUAUCUAUUGAUUAAAAAUAAUGAACUGCCUCACUUUUUAAGGAAGGAAACCAACAGCUGUACAGAUGUUGCUGGUCUACAACUCACAGCCUCUCUUCCUAACAGAAAUGCUAGCAAAGAUUUCUGGGAAUGGAAAACAGAAUUUGAGGACUGGUAUCCAAGGAACCUUUUCUGGAAAAACAUGGAAGAAAAGAGAUCUCCCCUUGUUGUGGGGCUAUUAGUGAUGGGCAAUGUUAUUAUUAUGCUUUCAGGGCUGGCACUUUGUGCUGAGUCUAUUUGGGUAACAGCUGAUCCCUAUAAAGUCUAUCCCAUCCUGGGAGUCACCGGCAAAGACGAUGUCUAUGCAGGCGCCUGGAUCUCCAUUUUCACUGGGUUUUGCUUCUUCUGCGUUUGCGUCUUCGGCAUCAUCAGCCUUGUGAAUGGCAACCGCUUCAUGGUGCUGUUGUACCUGGUCCUGAUCCUGGUUGUCUACUUGUUUGAAUGUGCCUCUUGCAUCACCUCCUACACACAUCGUGAUUUUGUAGUAUCAAAUUCCAGACUGGUAACCAAACAGAUGCUGGGCUUCUACGGAUCUGACACAGACCAAGGGCGGGAACUCACCCGGAUGUGGGACCGUUUCAUGAUGGAGCAACAGUGCUGUGGUGCCAAUGAUCCAUUGGAUUGGGUAAACUAUACCUCCGUCUUUCGAAGUAGAUUCCCUGAAGCCGUGGCACCUUGGCCAUUCUACUGCUGCAAACGUGAUCGGAACUUUAUCAUGGUCAAUGAGGAGGGCUGCAGAUUGGGCCACACUGAUUAUAUCAACACUGAGGGCUGCUUUGAACACAUUAAGCACGCAGUACAGAGCUAUGCCUGGGGCGCCUCCUGGUUUGGUUUUGCCAUUCUUAUGUUCACGUGUCCUGUCGUUCUUCUGGCUAUAUACCAUUACACCACAAUGUGAACAAUUCCAGCUGAGUAAACGGAAUUUUUCCUAAGAAGAGGAAGAUGAUGAACAAAGGGAUGAAGCCCUUCCUUGAGUGGGGGGGGGGGGGGGAAUCUCCAUGGAUUCCCUCUGUACUAUAACAUGUUCUCCAAGGCCUGACUACUCCCUAAGAUCACUUUGGGUGUAAAGGUUAUUGAGCAUCUCUGGAAAAAUCAUCCCAACUACUUUAGUAAAGCCUUUUUUAAAAAUAAGAAUAUGUAUAAUAAAUGUUCUUUGGUAGGU